CGUAGACCACUGGGUGCCUGCGCCUGUGUUUUCAAACAUGUCUGUGAACGUGAUUGCAUCACUUGGGGUGCAUUUUAGGAUUUGGAUGUGCUGCCAAACUUCUACACUCUGAAGCUCAGUCAUCUGCCAUUUGGCGUGUUAGCUUUCUGUCAGGAAACCCUUUGCCGUUCUUUUUUUAAUGUGUCCAGGACUCUGAAGAAAAUUGCAUUUUGUUUGCACAAACUGCUGCAUUCCUGCAGACUUCUGGAUGACAAAAUAAGAAGCGCCCUUGAGGGUGAGGUGUUUCAGUGUGAUCACAAAAGGGGCGAGCACAGGGUGUCAGCGGAGCAGCUGGAAAGUAUUAGCAACGACUUAGGGUCAUUAAUAGGGUCCUCGAUUUGGAAUGGUUUGUUUGCUGCAGGGCUCAAUAUGGUACUCAAAUGUUUUUCUUUUCGUCCUUUUUCCUGGAAAUCAAUUUUUAAAAAUAUGGUUUGUUUCUUGGCUUCCUGCUCUGCAUCUCAGCAGACUUCCUCUGUCACCAGGUCCCUCCGUCCACGUUCCUUGUGCGGCCAGCGUCAGAGCCAUGGCAACGGAGGAGAAGAAGCCCGAGACCGAGGCUGCCAGAGCACAGCCAACCCCUUCGUCAUCCGCCACUCAGAGCAAGCCUACACCCGUGAAGCCAAACUAUGCUCUAAAGUUCACCCUUGCUGGCCACACCAAAGCAGUGUCCUCUGUGAAAUUCAGCCCGAAUGGAGAGUGGCUGGCAAGUUCAUCCGCUGAUAAACUCAUUAAAAUUUGGGGCGCGUAUGAUGGGAAAUUUGAGAAAACCAUAUCUGGCCACAAGCUGGGAAUAUCCGAUGUAGCCUGGUCGUCAGAUUCUAACCUUCUUGUUUCCGCCUCAGAUGACAAAACCUUGAAGAUAUGGGACGUGAGCUCGGGGAAGUGUUUGAAAACCCUGAAGGGACACAGUAAUUAUGUCUUUUGCUGUAACUUCAAUCCCCAGUCCAACCUUAUUGUCUCAGGAUCCUUUGAUGAAAGUGUGAGGAUAUGGGAUGUGAAAACAGGGAAGUGCCUCAAGACUUUGCCAGCUCACUCGGAUCCAGUCUCGGCCGUUCAUUUUAAUCGUGAUGGAUCCUUGAUAGUUUCAAGUAGCUAUGAUGGUCUCUGUCGCAUCUGGGACACCGCCUCAGGCCAGUGCCUGAAGACGCUCAUCGAUGACGACAACCCCCCAGUGUCUUUCGUGAAGUUCUCCCCGAACGGCAAAUACAUCCUGGCCGCCACGCUGGACAACACUCUGAAGCUCUGGGACUACAGCAAGGGCAAGUGCCUGAAGACGUACACUGGCCACAAGAAUGAGAAAUACUGCAUAUUUGCUAAUUUCUCUGUUACUGGCGGGAAGUGGAUUGUGUCUGGCUCAGAGGAUAACCUUGUUUACAUCUGGAACCUUCAGACGAAAGAGAUUGUACAGAAACUACAAGGCCACACAGAUGUUGUGAUCUCAACAGCCUGUCACCCAACAGAAAACAUCAUUGCCUCUGCUGCGCUAGAAAAUGACAAAACAAUUAAACUGUGGAAGAGUGACUGCUAAGUCCCUUUGCGCCUGCCCGCGAGGGACUGUCGGGACGUUGACCCGGAUUGGCAAGAAACAUGGUGUCUUGGAGGUGGUCCCCAGGGUCUGCGCCUGGGGGUCAGGACAGGGCCUGAUUCGAGCCUCCUCUUUGAAGAUGAUUUGGCCGAGCGGAAGGUGUGGACCACCGGAAAGUUCUAAAAGUUGCUGGUGACAUUUCUUGCCAAUUCUAACACUGUCUAGGGAAGAGUUCCUAGUCUAUUGUGUUCAAACAGAGUCAACAAAAAUUUUUAAUUUUUUAUUACAAAAGGGUGAAGUUCAAUUUAACAUGCGUUGUGUUUUUUCAGUAAACGUUCUGUAUCUUUUUGAUAUUCCAUGACCCAGUGCACGCCGUCACCGCCACCGUGGCCCCGCCAGCUGGCCUCCCCUUUGGCCUCGGGCCCUGACUCCUCCAUUCCCGCCAGUAGCCGUUGCUAGUGUGUUUUUGUCUUUCUGGAAAGCAGCGUUGUGUGGUUGUUUUCCGUGUAAAGAGCCGUUUGUGUCUCGGGAGCUUGUGGGCCACACGUCGACAGCACAGUCAUUGCGCACGACGCUCCGGUUUGUCUCAGUGUCCCUGCAACAAGCAGCACCACAGACUGUAAUAAAAGGUGGGGUUUUGUGAAUGGUUGUGGCAAGUGAGUCCUUGUGAAGCUCGUCUCCAUGUGGCUUUCUUGGAGAAAGGCUCCCCUGGGGCAAGAGGGCGGAAGGUUUCUUCGGAAAGGUGGUGCUGAGGCUGGCUGCGCCUGCUCUCUGAAGCCGCCUUCCUCUCUAGGUUCACUGUUCAGUGUUGCUGGGGGAGGAGCGGGGGUGGGGAGGUUCUUAGUUGCGAAGGAGCCAAGCUCCUGAUGGGCUCCCGUUGGGAUGUGGAGGAUGCCUGUGGCAUGGGAACGCUCCCUGAGCCCUUCACUCCAGGUCAGAUGCCAGUGGGACUGAUGCGCCCUAUGAGGGCUGCAGGGCCAGCGCUGCCCUUCGGCAUCCUCGAGGGGUUGGGUGCUAAGCGCAAGCCUCACUGUCCUUGCCGGAACCCUCACUCGCCCGCCCACCCCUCUGUGCUCCUGGCGGUGCGGCUUCCUGGUGCUCACCUGCACAGCAGUUUACAGUGGAGGCCAAGCUGGCACCUCUGGGGAGCGAGGCCGAAACCUGAGCUCCGUGGAGACCGUUGUGGUGAGGGCUGCCACACAGGGCGGAGCAGGGUGGCCGAGGGCACGGGCGCCUGGGUCUGUCCCACGGGGCAGCGCUUUGGGGUGGUGUAGGCUGUGAUGCUCUGGGAAGCCCGCUUGGGUCCUGGGUCUACAGAGGGCCCUGGCCCCGGAGCCCAGCCAACUCUUCCUCUCUCAGGGCCUGGAGUCCUGGGGGAGCCCAGCCGGCUCUGCCUCUCAGGGCCUGGAGUCCUGGGUGAAUCCUGCAGGUUUUUGGUUGCACUGGCCCAGGGAGGAAGCGGGGGUUGUCAGGUGGGCUCUCCUGGGGGUCCUGCAGUGGCAGAGGUGAGGAGGGGAUUAUCCGAGGCAUCUGGAGAUGUAUGUCCUGUGGUUUCCCUUGCCCGUCUGUUUCUGAUGAGGUGUACGGAUGAGUGACCUGCGCUAAGAAGUGAGUUACCACAGUGAAAAUGGGUUGGUUUUUGUCUUCGACACUCAGGGUCUGGGCGCCUCACAUUUGCAGUCUGUUGUGACAGACUCGGGAAGCUCCGUGUGCCAGCCUGCGGCUGCCCUGCUGUGGGGGUCCUGGGGGCGGCGAGCCUCCUUCAGUCUUGUUCUGGGGAGGAUGGCCCACUCCGGGGAGGGGGUGUGCUGUGCUGAGCGCUGUAUCCCUGAAUAUAGUUUAUUUUUUCUACAUUUGAAUUCUGUUGUAGAUUUAUGUAAAAAUACAUUCUUUUUGAAAAUAAAAAUUUUCAUGUCUUCUAA